CUUAACCGGCUUAGCGGGUUGCUUCUGCUCUUUCCGCAGCACACGCUCCUGUGGACUGAACCGUCAGCCACCCGGAUCAAGAGAGACUCUCCAGCCGUAGCCGAGGAGUGGAAGCAGUGUGUGGAUUUCUCCUGAAGAUCAGACUCCCGCUUACACAUAAAAAUAUCCCGCCAGCACACCGUCCACGAUGGGCAACACCAAGAGCGGCGCCGUCUCCAAGGAGAUCCUCGAGGACCUGAAACUCACCACCAAGUUCACAGAGACGGAGAUCGUCCAGUGGUAUGAGAACUUCAAGAGGCAGUGUCCAACGGGACGUAUCUCAAAAGAAGAGUUUGAGAACAUCUACAGCAAGUUCUUCCCGGAGAGCGAUGCCCAAACGUACGCCCAGCACGUCUUCCGCUCCUUCGACACGAACGACGACGGCACGCUGGACUUCAAGGAGUACAUCAUCGCCCUCCACAUGACGUCAACGGGUAAGACCACGAGUAAACUGGAGUGGGCCUUCUCGCUGUUCGACGUGGACAAGAACGGAUACAUCACCAAGUCGGAAGUCAAGGAAAUCUGCACGGCAAUUUUUAAGCUGAUUCCUAAAGACGAGGUGGCCUCGUUGGCUGAUGAUGAAAACACAGCUGAGAAGAGGGCAGAUAAACUCUGGAGCUUCUUUGAUAAAGGGGAGAACGAUCGAGUGGCCGAAGGAGAGUUCAUCCAGGGAGUGUUGGAGAACGACGACGCUCUGCGCUUGAUUCAGUACUCGCCCGUGAAGUAACUCCUGCUCCGGUCGCCGGCGCUUCACUCCAUCGCCGGAUCAGAAUCUUUUUAAUCACGCGUUACCCAAUCAAUGCUUUCUGUGUCACGCGGUUCAAACAAAAUCUGACGAUCUGAGAACCACAAAGAAGAGUCAACGCUUUGACCUCGUUGGCGCGAUGAGUCGCGAUAAUUGAGGCACAAACUGUCUUUCUGAAGCUGAGAAGUGUUUAGAUUAUCAGGCGAUGGUGUAAUUGUGCAGGUGUGUUGUAGCAACUGGUCGGUACGCUAACUGUAGUCAAAGUGUCAUCGCCGUGAAACAUUUUUCUUUCUGUCCUCUGGGCAGCCUAGUCUCUAUCUAACUCUGGGGUGUUUUAUUAAAACACCGAACUAACCUCUACUUUAAACUGUACUCUUGUUAUUGUCAAGUUUUGUUGUCUUUUACGGUUUCCCGCUCCUCCUCGUGUGGCACAGUCGCGCAUGUUUGAUGUUCUAGCUAGCUUAAAAUGUGGCCAUCGCAGAGCAGACCUCCGUGCUUGUAAAACCGAGUGUGAGAUUAAGUAUUGGCCCCUGAUCUCCCUCCACAAUUUACUCAAUAAAUCAGAAAUUGUUA